UUAGACAGGCAAUGUUGCAGAUUAUAUUAGGGAGUGGGUCUCUGUUGUGUCUGCUGGAGCAACAGUUGCAGCAGAGAGUUCCAGUCAUUUAUUUAUACUUUAGUCAUUCAACAGAUUUACAGGAGCAAUUAUGGUUCAAUGCCUUGGUCAAGGGCACAUCUACAGAUUUGUCACCUGACCAGCUCGGGGAUUCAAACCAGCGAUCUUUCGGGUUAUUGGCCUAACACUCUUAACUGCUUUUUCCCUCAUCUAUUACUGAUAAGAGAACAAAUUCAAUGGAGAGAACUUGCUUUACCGGUCCACAGUGGCGAUUUUAGCAUGUAAAUCUUGGUGGGACAAAGCAUCAUUUACUGCCUUUAACAAAAACAUAGUUAAGACUCCAGAUUUUAUUUUAACUAGGCAAGUAAGUUUAAAAAAAAUCUUACUUACAAUGAAGGCCUAGGAACAGUGGGUUGGAGGUUAAAUGCCUCCAACUCAAUCAUCAAGUUUGCGGACGACACUACAGUGGUAGGUUUGAUUACCAACAACGACGAGACGGCCUACAGGGAGGAGGUGAGGGCCCGCGGAGUGUGGCGUCAGGAAAAUAACCUCACACUCAACAAAACUAAGGAGAUGAUUGUGGACUUCAGGAAACAGCAGAGGGAGCACCCCCCUAUCCACAUCGAUGAGACAGUAGUGGAGAGGGUAGUAAGUUUUAAGUUCCUCGGUAUACACAUCACAGACAAACUGAAUUGGUCCAUCCACACAGACAGCAUCGUGAAGAAGGUGCAGCAGCGCCUCUUCAACCUCAGGAGGCUGAAGAAAUUUGGCUUGUCACCAAAAGCACUCACAAACUUCUACAGAUGCACAAUCGAGAGCAUCCUGUCGGGCUGUAUCACCGCCUGGUACGGCAACUGCUCCGCCCACAAAGGUAAGGCUCUCCAGAGGGUAGUGAGGUCUGCACAACGCAUCACCGGGGGCAAACUACCUGCCCUCCAGGACACCUACACCACCCGAUGUCACAGGAAGGCCAUAAAGAUCGUCAAGGACAACAACCACCUGAGCCACUGCCUGUUCACCCCGCUAUCAUCCAGAAGACUUAUCGGCUGCCUUCGAUACUGUGAACCAUCAGAUCCUCCUCUCCACCCUCUCCGAGUUGGGCAUCUCCGGCGCGGCCCACGCUUGGAUUGCGUCCUACCUGACAGGUCGCUCCUACCAGGUGGCGUGGCGAGAAUCUGUCUCCUCACCACGCGCUCUCACCACUGGCGUCCCCCAGGGCUCUGUUCUAGGCCCUCUCCUAUUCUCGCUAUACACCAAGUCACUUGGCUCUGUCAUAACCUCACAUGGUCUCUCCUAUCAUUGCUAUGCAGAUGACACACAAUUAAUCUUCUCCUUUCCCCCUUCUGAUGACCAGGUGGCGAAUCGCAUCUCUGCAUGUCUGGCAGACAUAUCAGUGUGGAUGACGGAUCACCACCUCAAGCUGAACCUCGGCAAGACGGAGCUGCUCUUCCUCCAGGGGAAGGACUGCCCGUUCCAUGAUCUCGCCAUCACGGUUGACAACUCCAUUGUGUCCUCCUCCCAGAGCGCUAAGAACCUUGGCGUGAUCCUGGACAACACCCUGUCGUUCUCAACUAACAUCGAGGCGGUGGCCCGUUCUUGUAGGUUCAUGCUCUACAACAUCCGCAGAGUACGACCCUGCCUCACACAGGAAGCAGCGCAGGUCCUAAUCCAGGCACUUGUCAUCUCCCGUCUGGAUUACUGCAACUCGCUGUUGGCUGGGCUCCCUGCCUGUGCCAUUAAACCACAACUCAUCCAGAACGCCGCAGCCCGUCUGGUGUUCAACCUUCCCAAGUUCUCUCACGUCACCCCGCUCCUCCGCUCUCUCCACUGGCUUC